AUGUUUCUUUUUUGGUGCACCGUAUUCGUAGCGCUUGGUUGCUCGUUCGGUAAAACAGAAGACCAAAAAUGUUUCCCAAAAGGCGUAGAGCACCGUUUGCUGCAUCCACCCAACGCUUGGAAGCUGAUGAGAAUCUUCAACGGCACAUUUUAUCUCGUUUAUCACUCUGAAGACUUGGACUUCAAAGCUACUUAUCCAUGCCUCAAUGUUCGCAAGUCAACUUUGGAUGAAAGCAGAAAGACCGGUUACUUUGUCUACAAAGUCGCACCAAAUGUGACAGUGACACUGACUGGAAUUAAGGAGGUGAAAACCAAGAAGGAGGAUGCUGCUUACAAGAACCCAAAUAUGUUUCUUGUGCAAUACUUCGAGGGUGAGGAGUAUGCAUGGCGCGAAAUUCAGCUGCUGUAUACAGAUUAUAUUACUUGUGCUGUCCUAAAAUCGAAGCGUUUGGGUAUUCAGAUGUGGGUGUCCAAAACUCAUUUAGAGGAUGUCCGAGAAAUUCCUUGGAUAUGCGCUCUUGUGUACGACCUGGCCACGGACAAGCCUAGACGGGUUUCAUAUGACUGGAGAGAGUGUCCUCAACGGCUAAAGGAAACAAAUAAAUAA